GAGACAAACAAAUUGCCUUUUGCAUAGUUGUUCGCAGUUUCCGACGUGAAAAUAUCGCCACAGUGCUUUACAUUAAAGUGCAAAUGACUUAGAUUGUUGUAAUAGUGUUUACCGGACCUGUAGAUUCGUGGAUUCGUUUUGAAAAUGAUCGCAGAUUUUGAUGACACUCAUUUCUGCUUAAAAUGUGAAUCGACUAUUCUUGGACUCGACAAUUACAUCAGUCACCGCAAAUCCGGAUGCAGCAAAACUUCCAAUUACCCACCUAAAUCACCGUUGCCUAGCCAGCUUUUACCUCCAGAUGAAAUAGGUCUAAAAGCUGACGACUUUUUUUCUUCUCUCGAGCUCAGAAGCAGCUUGAAGAAACCAGAACAGCAAUCCACUUCCGGCAAACACAUUGGUGGAAUUUUGACUCGUAGCAAAACAACUGCCGUAAUCCAAGCAACGACAUCCAAAGACCAGCAAGAAACUCCUCAGUCGAAAUCGGGUAAAAAUGUAUGGAUCGGAGGUCACCAACUAAAAGAACUAGGUUCAGGAGAUAAUCAAUCCAAACUUAUCAAAGCGGUUGCGGAUUUGGAGCGAAGAAAAGAUGACCCACCACGUAUAGGAGUCUACGCAGACUCUGAUGAAGACUCCGACGAGUAUGAUUAUGAAGACCAAGAGACUUCCGAAGAUGAAGACAUACCUCCUAGGAAUCAUACUGGCGGAAAGUGGAAACCAACAUCUCCCAUUCAGUGGUCUAGAGAGACAAGGGAUUGGAAUAUGCCUCCUCCUACAUUUACAGGAGGAAAGUGGAAACCAAAUCCAUCCAAAUCACACACAUCUCCGCCUCCAUCUUACACCAAAGGCAAAUGGAAACCUACAGAAUUCGAUAGCGUUCCACCGGCUUCGUUUACUGGAAGUAAGUGGGUAGCCUUUAAAAAACAAGAUGACGUACCACCCCCCCGGCAUACUAAAGGAAAAUGGAAACCUAAGGGUGAUCUAGAAGAAGAUUCUUCACUACUUGGCCACACCAAAGGUAAAUGGAAGCCGCAAUGUGAAUCAGAUGAAGGGAUACCGCCACCAACGCAUACAAAGGGAAAGUGGAAACCAAGAACAACCGACGACGAUAUCACAGGAUCCAGUCAAUCAAAAGGUAACUGGAAAGAAAAGACUGAGAUGCAUCCACCAUCAUCUUACACAAAAGGUAAAUGGAAGCCUAGAUCCGAAUCGGAAAGUUCUUCAAAUAUAGUUCAUUCGCCCAAAAAUCCGGAGAAAUUGAAAUUCAAAUCGGACCCACGGACUAGGAUUAAAAAAAAAUCGGAACCAGAAGACACAAGACGUAAAAAAGGAAGAUGUCAACAAAAUGACUCGCCGACUAAGAAUAGCAAGAUAGACUUAGGUAAACCUUCUACUUCUAAGAAGUCACCUGAAGACGAUUUUGCUGAUUGGAUCUCCCCUCACCAAUUUAAAGCGUUUAAAAUAACGGACGAGUCACCAUUUAGAAUAUCGUCAGGUACAGUCCAGUAUUGGUGCAGUCCUUGUAAUAGGCGAUUGGCAUCUAAAAUUGUGUACGAACGUCAUUUAAAGUCCGCGUUACAUUACAAAAGAACUAGGCCCGAUGGUGAGUUUGACGAAGGCGCUUUUAUCAAAACAAAGAAGAUCAAAGAGCCUUCUGUGGUAUCAAAUCAAAACGCGAAAGCCGCGCCACAGAGAAAACGCAAACGGAAGAAGAUAUUUGAAGUAUGCACCGUAUGUCAUUCCAAAGUAAACAAAUAUCUAAUGGGAAAACACUUGAUCUCCCACUACCACUGUCGAAAGGGAGACAUCGCUACCGACGUUGCGAAAACUAUGGUACUAGAGAACAUUUAUGGGAUAGUACUGGAAAGUCCAUUUCAAUGUUGCGUUUGUAAAUUCUACUGCAACACACACGCUGAUUUUCUGAAUCACUGGCGAUCUGAGUUACAUCAAAUCAAUGACACAAAAUAUUUGGGCUACUUCUUUUGCACUUUUUGCAAGCAUUGUUCAGAUACUUCGGAAAUUAUGUUUGAUCACUUGAAUUCUGAGGAGCACUUGGAAGUAGUUUCGGUUAUCAACAAAUCGGUACCGAUCACUAUCAAGAAAAUUCGAGAAAUGACAUGUCUUACAUGCGGCCAAAAAUUCACCCUUAAUAUCCAAUUAUUGAACCAUUGUAGAAAAUACGGACAUGACGAAACCAACGUCGAUGUUUUUCGAAAAACUUACGGUCGGUGCAAAGAUUGUGAUUUAGUAUUCAAAACUCCCAUCGCACUACAAAGACAUCGAAAAACUGUACACAGGCAAUCGUACUUUUUCUGCAGCACCUGUAACUUGAGAUUCGAAAAAGCAUCCGACGCUAAAGAGCACAGGAAGUCGCUAAAGCACCGAUACGCAAGUAUGGAGAAGAAAAAACCGGAAGGUUCCAGUUUGAGACGGAUGUGUAAGUAUUGCGACGAAUACUUCUCAAAUUUCCUUCUGUUGAAGGAGCAUCUGCAGCGAGAACAUCCAGAACACAAAAUAAGGUGUCCUCAUUGUGGAGCAAGUUUUACAGUAACCCAAGAACUCACAAAUCAUCUGCGCUCCAAGUCGUGCAAUUUCGAAGAGACAAGCACGGAAGAAAACUGUUAUCGUUGCGAAAAGUGUCCGUUUUCUUCAAAUUCUACUUCCGAGUUGCUAUUUCACAUCGCUUUGCACUCGGACCCUAUUAUUAUCUAUCCACUAGAUUCGGAUGGAAAUGAAAUUCACAUUCGGGCGAUACCGCGAUACAAGUGCCCCGUUUGCGAAAAGAUUUUUCCCAAAUCUUCGCUGCACGCGCACCUCCGGCAACACACACAGGAACGACCAUACGUGUGCAAACUCUGCAACGCGUCCUUUGGCAGAAGAAAUAAUCUGCUGUUCCAUGUGAAAAACCAUAAGAAAAGGACCAGGAAGGUCGUCACCAGACAUUCGCGGGCAGAGAAAGCGUUUUUAUGUUCCACUUGCGGUGCAGGAUUUUCAAAAAAAUUCACCCUUCAACAGCAUAUGCUGGUGCAUACCGGCAAGUUAUGCAAAUGCCCUGAAAUUGGUUGUUUUUAUAAGGCGAGAAAAUUAAGCGAAAUCAAGGAGCAUUUUAGGACUCACUGCGAAGCUAGGGAGUUUUGCUGCAAUUUGUGCGACUACAAGGGAAAAACAAAAAGCCAAUUGAAAAGGCACUUGAACAUUCACGACGAAAUAAAGAAGUUUCAAUGCAAUAUAUGCCCGUUUACAGCUCGCACUGCUGCUCAUUUGAAGAGGCACGCCCGGCUACAUACUGGUGCUAAGCCCUACAAUUGCCCACACUGCGACUACAAGUGCAACACUUUGGAAAACUUACGAAAGCAUGUUCUGUCCACUACCAAGCACCCAGGCAAAAGUGUUUACGAAUGCAAGUUUUGCGUCGGAGGAUCCCAAUUUCAAGUUAACUUUGCUAAAGAGUUUAAGAAUCACCUUAUGGUGAGUCACUCGGAGGUAUUCGGUAAUGGAAAGGAUGCUGCUAGUUACAUAGCCGGAAUCUAUAAGGCACAAGAGGACAGCACUUAUCUGACGGAUAUCAUCGACACCAUGGAUGAUAGGCAGAAUGAAAGAUCCGCAUUGGAACAGUCGGUCAAACAGAGCGAUCAGGCCGAAAAUAUCCUCAAAUUAAAGACGAGCGAGGACCCGAUUGUGACGCAACUCCUCAGUUCAUCGGAACAACCCGUGAAGGAUCGUACACUGGAUCACAUGUUGCCGAUGUUUAUCAUACCGAAGGACGAUGGCGGUAAUAUCGAAAUCGCACCGGAUUCCUGGAGUCUAAUAGAGCGCUACGACGUCGAAGAGUCAGGAACGUUGGUACCGUUUCAGAGUGACGGCGGAGAUGUAUUGUUCCAAGAACAUUUCUAGAGUUUGAAAAUAAUGUGUUGUUUUAAUAAUA